AUGGCGAGUGGUUCCGGAGCGCAUGGUGAUAGCGACGACGAUUCGGCACCGAAUGACUACCCUCAUGACGACGCCGACCACUCGCAAUUCGCCUCGACUCAGGACACCCCGUCCUCAGGCCCUAAAUUCACCCCUCAAUCGUUGCCACUCCAGAAGCGCCGACGAGUAGGUCGCGCUUGCGACGAAUGUCGCCGGAAGAAGAUCAAGUGUGACGGCAAACAACCGUGUACCCACUGUACCGUCUAUAGUUAUGAGUGUUCGUACGACCAACCCUCCAGCCGUCGUCGCAAUCCCGCCCCGCAGUAUGCCGAAGCCCUGGUAGCCCGCAUGCAAAAGGCCGAGGCCCUCCUCCGAAAGGUCCUGCCAGAUGUCAACCUCGACGACCCGAAUCUGGACGUCAACGCUCCCGAGUACCGUUUACCAAUCCACCCGAAGGACAAGCCAGCGUCGACCGGCGGAGUCGCUGCCAAACCCCACGGACCUUCCGCGGAAACCGGCCCUGAAGCCGGUGAUGAGUCCUUGCUGGAGACGAUGGUUGGAAAUACGGGCUGUCUAGACCGUGAUGAUCAGGGACAUUGGGACUAUCAUGGGCAUACCUCGGGAAUCAUCUUCGUCCGCCGCUUGCGCAAACAAUUAGGUGCAGUCGAAGCGCCCGUGCCUCGAAACGUCACGGCGAUGCUCGAAAGCCCCAAAUCGGUGUCCGUAUCCGAUUCCCCGCAGGAUGCCGCACUGCCUCCUGCGCACAACCUCCCCCCGCGGGCGGUUGCUAUCCGACUAUGUCGCAAUGCACUGGAAGAUGCCUGCUCUCUGAUGCGCUUCGUGAUCGAGCCUAAAUUCUUCGCGAGUCUUGACCGCAUCUAUGAAACGCCACCUGAGCAAUUUGGUAAUGAAGAGAACUCGUUCUUGCCCCUGUUGUAUAUUGUUAUGGCAGUCGGAUGUUUGUUCGCCGAUGACGGUGCCGGAACAUUGGAUCUCGCUGGUUAUGAGGGUGCGAUUGGUCAAGGGUUCCAAUUCUUCAAGGCGGGACGACAACUACUGGAAAUUACGGAUUGCCGAGAUCUCACCUCCCUGCAAGCAAUCUGCUUCAUGGUGCUCUUCCUCCAAUCGUCCGCCAAGCUGAGUACCUGUUACUCGUACGUUGGCAUUGCGCUUCGCUCGGCGCUGCGAUUGGGACUUCAUCGUACCGUUACGGCCGACUUCAACCCGGUUGAGCGAGAGCUGCGCAAGCGCAUCUUCUGGGUUGUUCGUAAGAUGGACGUCUACGUGAGCACCUUGCUGGGUCUUCCUCAAAUGCUGAGCGACGACGACAUCGACCAAGAAUACCCGAUGGAAGUCGACGGAGAGUUCAUUACCGCAGAGGGUAUUACUCAGAAGCCCACCGACUAUACCCCCCUGAUGGCCGGGUGUAAUGCACAUACACGCCUUUGCAACGUCGUGCUGAAGGUGGUCAAAUACAUCUAUCCGGUGAAGAACGCGCGCUAUCGGUCCAAGUCUGAUCAGCGCUAUAUGGUCAGCCAUUCGAAGAUCCGCGAGAUUGAGCGUGAUCUGCAGGCCUGGAUGGAGGAACUUCCUCCGGCGCUGCGUCCAGGCACAGAAGUGUCACCCCAGCUUGAGCGUAUUCGUCAACUUUUGCGUAUCAGUUACGCGCAUGUACAGAUGGUCAUGUACCGCCCCUUCUUACACUAUGUAUCAGGUGGCUCUCAAGCUCGUGGCGUCGAUAAGCGGUCCUACGCUUGCGCUGCGGCUUGCGUUAGCGUAUCCCGAAACAUUGUCCACAUCACGACGGAGAAUCCCGAUUCGCCCACUGCCAAGGAUGGUGUUUUGAAGGAUGCCAUGGAAGGCAAAAACACACUAGCCGGGCUAGCCAAAAAGAGCAUGGCAGCGGACAGGUGCUCCCAGAGUCUAACCUGCCUCUUCAAGACUCUUCCGGGGAUGCUGAAGAACCGCCAAAGCUCCAAGGUUCCCGUCAACUUGAAGCGACGCGCUCCGUCCAACUUUGCCAUGGAGCCCGAGUCCAUUCAAAAUGCUCCAGUACAAACCGUGCCUAAUCGCUCGAGCACAUUCCCAGCGCCGAUAAUGGCUCAAUCAUCCUCGACAAAUCCUACUGCAAGCCGUCGGCAAAAGAGUCUAGACACCACUCAACCCGCCAGACAGCCCGAAAGCGGUACGCAGUCCGCCUGGCUGGCAUCGACGCCAGAGCUCCUAACCGAGACCAUGUCUACGCCAGAACCAUCUUCUGCAAACUCAUUCAACGCAUCUUUCUCCAACCAAGAGCCUUCAAGUUUGGCCUGGGCUCAGCAGUUCAACAACCCUAACAAUUUGCCAGAUCUGAUGCCCAUGAUGUUCCCCUCUGGCGAUCCAUUUGCUUAUCCCACGCAACCAAUGUCAACGCUAGAGGAUGAUCACUUCAAACAUGAGCGCAACGGUGCCACGCUGAACCAACCUUUCUUCGAUUCUGCCUCUCAGCAUCAAGGGAUGGGACCAAACACACCGAGAGACCCGGCGGGAACGGGAAUAUCCACACCCAGUUUCGAUGCAUUUGCCAACUUCCCAAAUUUCCCCGUGGGCGCCACGUCAGGAAUGAAGUCAUCUAUCCCUAGCCGCUUGCAACAACCCACAACACAACCUAUGAGCCCUUCGCGACUGCACUCACCGAUCUUGCAAGGCGGAACUCCCAGCGAACACCUCAGCAGCCCGGACUUGGUGUUCAUCCCCAAUCAGAACUUUGUGUGGCAAGGGUAUAAUUUCCAAUCAGCAAACGUGGAUACCGUGAAUAAUGAACCCACUACGAGCACGAUGCAGCAGGAUACUGCUCCUCAGAAUGGGAUCCCCGACUUCAAUAUGGGCCUCGACGAGAAUGCCCUUGGGAUGAAUGUAGACUUGGGGAUCUCCUUUGACGAUCUGUUUGGCAAUAAUGCGAAUUUUCGACCUGGCGCUGGCGCAGUCAACGACGAUUGGACUCAAUGGAUGAAUGGCGGAGUCUAG